AUGAAAUCAUCUUCUGCGGGUCCAUCGAAAUAUCGUGUCCACCACGCACCGGAACUACACGUUCGCCCAGUGCCCGUUCUGAGUAGGACAUCGAGUGCGAGACACUCCAAAGGGCCGACCAAACCGCGGUUCCGCAUAGAGCAAGAGGGCCAAGCGCUCGUGGUGCUUCCUCCACAGGAUCCUUUGGAUUCGCCUUCAUCCCCUUCGUCCCCCGCACAGAUCGAAGCACCGCCGAGGCGCUGGCCGCCCAACCGCUAUCAAACUGACUUGUCGGAAAAAGAAGCUCAAGAAUACGUAGCAAACGGUGCGCCAACGUUUCGCGGCGAGCUCCGCGAGAUCUCGAAUGGUCCGAGAGGGCAGUUCCACUUCUUCGCCUUCGCCGGCCAGGAAUGGGACGAAUACACCGACACGGCACCGUUCCAGAGUGAUUCGUUCGGGGAUAUGAGUUCAGCCCCCGAAGGGAAACAGACGGAUGCACUGGAAAGGCCCGCGAUGGGCCAUGCGUUCGGGAUAUAUCCUGGAACCGUGACGCUGGCCUAUUAUGUGGCAGGCUUCGGCAGUGAGCUCAAGGGAUCGGAAAUUGCGGCCCGAGGAAAGGUCCGGAAGCUCACCAUGCUCUACGUCCUUGACCGGUUACGACAGCUUCAGGUUGCGGGCAUUGAGGAGGAUAGUGUGGACCUGCACAACCAUCUCUACGAGCAUCUGCUGCAUGAUAAUCACAAAUACGAUUACCCCGGGGGAAACCAAUCAUCGUUGGAUAAUCAGAUCUCGGAUUUGGUUGCUGCGCUAUGCCGGCCGAGUUGGGUGGAUUUCUCGCUGCCGGACAAUCAGACAGUCGCCAAAUUCCUGAACAACCCAGACCCAGGAAUCUCAAAUAGCUUCUUCCACCAGUUGCUCCUGGCGACAGAACUCCACCUGAGAGUGAAGAGCUCCAAGAGCUUACGGGGUAAGCCGCUAACCGAUAUCCCUGAGAAGAUCCGGUGGGAUCUCAUGUUAGCGCAGCGGUGGUUGGAGAACGUGGAAAUUGAGCCACCACGGAAAGUGAAGGGUCGCGGAGAACAGAAAUCUAGUGUAGGGUUCAGGUUUCCAAACAAAAAGAAUCAAAUCGCAGCGCUCAGGAACUUUGCCUGGACAUUGAAGUGGCCCAACAUGCCAGAGGUAGAAGACAUUCUCGAAUUUUCGGAGGAAGACGAUCCGGAAGAGUACCUCGAAGACCGCAGCACCAACUGUAUGUCAUGGUUCACCGGACUGCUGCUGCCGGGGAAGUCGAUGCCGUUUAUUCUAAUGAACGCAUUGAUUGACUGUGAUGUUGAAACACCGCCGGAAUUCCGCAACCUCCAACAGACGGUUUCAAAUAUCGGAUUCCAAUACCGCGGCUGCACGUAUUGGUCGUGGGAGUGCAUCGUAGGGAAGGUUCUGGGGGCUGCGGCGGGAGUCACGCAGAUCGCUGGAUGGAUUGGCCCGUGCUCGGCCUCGGCGGACCUGGACCGCUCGGAAGUCGCUUUGAUCCAGCAGAAUCCGCCCCGAAGGAACCAGCUCACGCCAAGUAUCAUCCGCGGCAUGUCGAACUACAGCGAUCCCAUAGGCCCGCGACAGGAGUCCUACCCGGUAGCGGACUACCUGCCGGUAGUCGCGUCGAGCAAGAACCCGGUGGACUCGAUCCGGAUCGAGCGGCUGAACUUUACGCCCGCGGCCUCGAACCCAAUAGGCGUUCACCGGCAAGCACUCGAGGACGACUCUGACAAGAAGCCUGUCAUCAUCUUCGACGCGUCGAUCACGUUCGCCAUCACGGUAGAGAAGCGGGCGCGCUCGUGGAAGGUCUCGCUGCGCCACGACACGCCGUUCAUCGCCGCGUACCCGUGCCAGAACGGCCCGCACGUGCUGUUUGCCGACUACCGCUUCCGCGAGGUCCGCGUCGACGACCUAGUCGAUAUACAGAACUGGGGGACGUCGGGCGGCAGGGACGAGGAUGUCGAGGAUGAGGACGAGGACGACGACCAGCCAGAGGACGGUGAUGUCGAUGAGGUCCUCGUCAUAGAGGCCUACGGCGUCCCCGAUAAUGAGGUCUUUGCCAGAGCGUGGUGCUCGUUCUGGGGCCUGCCCUCGGUUACCGCGGAUCUGUCCAAGACGUGUGUCUCGUGCGCGGUGCGUGAGGCUUACGCCGCCCUCGUCAGCGUCGUUAUCCUUGUCGAUAGGAGGGUCUUCGAUGUCGAAAUCGAGGAGGUUGAUCGCAUGAUGGAGAAUCUGUGA